AUGAAGUUCAACAAGGUCGCAGCCGCCGCGGCUCUGCUCGCUGGUGUCGCAUAUGCCGAGGAUGUUGAAGAGUCCAAGGCGGUCCCGGAGAUUCCCACCUUUACUCCCACCACCAUCAAGGCGGACUUCCUGGAGCAGUUCACCGAUGACUGGGAGUCCCGAUGGAAGCCUUCGCACGCCAAGAAGGACACUAGCGGUUCCGACAAGGCUGAGGAGGAAGAGGAAUGGGCCUACGUUGGCGAGUGGGCUGUUGAGGAGCCCUACCAGUACAAGGGAAUUGAGGGCGACAAGGGUCUUGUCAUCAAGAACGCCGCCGCUCACCAUGCCAUCUCGGCCAAGUUCCCCAAGAAGAUUGACAACAAGGGCAAGACCCUCGUUGUUCAGUACGAGGUGAAGCUCCAGAAGGGACUGGACUGCGGUGGUGCCUACAUGAAGCUCCUGCGAGACAACAAGGCUCUCCACCAGGAUGAGUUCAGCAACACCACUCCCUAUGUCAUCAUGUUUGGCCCCGACAAGUGUGGCCACAACAACAGGGUUCACUUCAUUGUCAACCACAAGAACCCCAAGACUGGCGAGUACGAGGAGAAGCACCUCAACACUGCUCCUUCCGUCAACAUCGUCAAGACCACCGAGCUUUACACUCUCAUUGUUCACCCCAACAACACCUUCUCCAUUAAGCAGAAUGGUGUUGAGACCAAGGCUGGUAGCCUUCUCGAGGACCUGGCCCCUCCCAUCAACCCUCCUAAGGAGAUUGAUGACCCCAAGGACACUAAGCCCGAGGAUUGGGUUGACGAGGCUCGCAUUGCUGACCCUGAUGCUGUCAAGCCUGAGGACUGGGAUGAGGAUGCGCCUUUCGAGAUUGUUGACGAGGAGGCCACUCAGCCUGAGGACUGGCUUGUCGAUGAGCCCUCUGUUAUUCCCGACCCCGAGGCUCAGAAGCCCGAGGACUGGGAUGACGAGGAAGAUGGUGACUGGGUUGCCCCCACCGUCCCCAACCCCAAGUGUGACGAUGUCUCCGGCUGUGGUCCCUGGUCCAAGCCUUUGAUCAAGAACCCUGACUACAAGGGCAAGUGGUCUGCCCCCUUCAUCGACAACCCCGCCUACAAGGGUGUCUGGGCUCCUCGCAAGAUCAAGAACCCCGACUACUAUGAGGACAAGAACCCCGCCAACUUUGAGCCCAUUGGAGCUAUUGGUUUCGAGAUCUGGACCAUGACCAACGACAUUCUCUUUGACAACAUCUACAUUGGUCACUCCGUUGAGGAUGCCGAGAAGCUGGCUGCCGAGACCUUCUUCGUCAAGCACCCCAUUGAGGAGGCUCUUGCCAAGGCUGAUGAGCCCAAGUUUGACGACACCCCCAAGUCUCCCUCUGACCUCAAGUUCCUUGACGACCCUGUUCUGUUCAUCAAGGAGAAGCUUGACCUCUUCCUCACCAUUGCCCAGAAGGACCCCAUUGAGGCCAUUAAGUUUGUUCCCGAGGUCGCCGGUGGCAUUGCCGCUGUUGUUGUCACCCUGAUUGCCAUUAUCACCGCUCUUGUCGGCCUUGGUGGUUCUUCUGCCGCCCCCAAGAAGCCCGCUGCCACCUCCAAGGACAAGUCAAAGGACAAGUCCGAGGCUGUUGCCAGCGGUGCUGACAAGUCCAAGGGAGAGGCUACCAAGCGAACUACCCGCAGCCAGUCGUAA